GUUGUCAAGUCAAAUCAUUGUCAAGUCUUUCAUUCAUGGCCUCGACAUGUCACAAUUUUCUUUCGUCUUUCUAUUGUGUAUACCUGUGAUUUUAGUGCACGUUCUAAUACUGUAAAGUAAAUUAGAAGCUUUAUGAAAAUUGAACAAAUUCUCCUUUACUCUGCGUUAAAUUUACGAGUGGGAAUUCGUGUGAUAAAGCGAUUCAGUGUCGGUCGAACAAAUAAAUUGAGGUGAUUGUGAGUACGGUUUUAGAGUAUCUGAAUCAAUAAAUUUUUUGUGUAACGUUUCAAUAAACUUUGUGGUUACUGUUGUUGAGUUAAAAAUGUCGGAGGUCUUAUCGGGUCGUGUGUCUAAGCAUAGGAGGGACCGUCGCGUUAAGAAUAGUACAGUACUGAGAAUGAUGGCAAUAAUGCAGGAAGGGAAUAGUGAGGUACCGAAGGAAUUUCUGGAGACUGGGAGGACGGGGCGCAGGAACGCUAUGCCGGACAUACUGCACCCGCAGAGCGCCGAAGCCAGCACAGCCGACCUGCCUUCCAGACUGCAGCAGUUGACUGCCAACGACGGUGAGGCUCCGCAGCCUGGGUCGUCAAACCUCGACCAGCCGGUCGUGCCGGAACCUAAAACACCCACUAAGAAAGACGACACUCCCAGUUGAACUGCCUACCAUACUCGCGGUCCCGAAGGACUACACUGGACUUGCCCAAAGCUAAAGUAAUCUCAAUCAGGUAAAUAGUAUUACUAAGCACUGAGUAAUGUAGCCCCUCCUUAUAGGGAUGGUAUGGUGUACAAAUGUAGCUCUUAUGUCUAGUUUGACAAGAUAGAUUUUGCAUAAUUGUAAGUAAUUAAGAUUUGUGUACACGAGCGCUUUGUCGAAUUUAUAUUGUUUGAAAUUAUUAGAUUGUUUUCAUUAGGUCUUUGUGUGGGCGUUAAACGUCGUGUAAAAAAUUGUUUGUUAUUCCUAAGUUGAAACAAAAAGCAGCUGAUUGUGAAUGUUAACUUUAUGUAUUAAAUGUUUUAAAUAAACAACGCCCAUAAUGUCUUAUAGAUUAAUGGUAACGUUUUGUAUAAAAGUGAUUGAUAUUUAAGAGUGUCGAUGUAAAGAUUGGAAUUAGACAAUACUGAUAUAUGAAUAGAAAAUGGAUUGAGUGUUGAUAGACAGUAAAUAGUUGAUUUGGUAAGGAAUGCCAGCUUUUGCGCUCCUGCCAAGCAAUUACGAAGAACAAAUUGUCUUACAGUAAUCACUGUUAAAGCAGAAUAUUGCAAUGCGUAACAAAGGUCGCACACAUGGGUACUGUUGAACGAUAUGUUUUUUGUUCAGUGUCCUUAAGCGGCCCAAUAGUAGUAAGUAGACGAGCUUUAGUUAUGAAUGCAUGACAUUCUAUACAGACAGCUUUAACAGUACUUAGCAUUUACUUGGCACAGUCAACGUAAAGGGAAUACAAAAACGUAACCCUUUCUUUACCGUCAGGUAAUAAAACACAUUCAUAUCAGCUAAGCUUAGUUCAAAGAAUAGAAACGCAGUACUACUUAAGUAGACUGCACCCUCGAAUUUUAUCGAACAAUUAAAAUGCUAAAUCGAUAUGUGCUUCAAUACCAAUCAAUCGUUGUCGGCUACUGACAGAUGUUUAAUGUCGUCCACUUUAUAUCGAUUCUGUCAAUUGGCAAAUUUAAAUCGAUUAUUUUUUAGACCGUUUAACCUCGGGGCUGGUGACGCACAAUUCAAUGAACAAACAUUCCUGGUCACUUGGGACAGUAUUUUGUGUCAUUAAAAACAUUAACUAUUCACGUACUUAAUUGUCAACACGUUAGUUACUUUACCAUUGAACAGAAGGACAGUAGGUCUAUAAAGAAUAGAUAUAUUGCAACGCAGUUCCGAGGUUAAAAAGUCUGAUUAGACUUUGCCAUUUAAAUAUUUAAGCAAUUUGUGGACAACUACCAACAAAUCAAAGCUUUUUACUAUGAUGAUUUCAUCAUUGCUUGCAUUGUAAGCUUGUAGACCGACAUUCUGUAUGUCAAAUUGUCAACAUUUAACUGUUUAUGCACUACAAUGUGCAUUAAAUUAACAAUGUGACUAUUAAUAUGAUUGAUGUGUUCCUCGAAGAGACAUCCACUAUGUCACACAAAUCAAUUUAUUUUAAUUGCACAUUGUAACUGUCUGUAGCACAUAUUGAAACUUUUUGUAUACAUACGAGUAUGUUCAAUUUGUACAUGUUUCAUUGUAAAUCGUGCAGCUGUUUCUUAGUUAUAGGUUCCUAAGUACGCUUAAAUUCGAUUUAUUUAUUUGUAAUUUAUUAAAACACGUAAUUAUUUUUGAAAGAGUACAAUAUUUUGUUUUAAUAUUUUUGCCUUCAGGUAUGGUUCUGUAUAGGUGCUUUGUCAUUUAAAAAUAUUUAUUGUAUUUAUUUCAAAAUGUUAUCGUUAUUAAUAAAAUGUGUAAAAAUAUACGUAAAUCUUAGAGUUUAGUUAAUAUUUCUUUAAUAUGAAGUCUAAAUGCAUUUUUGUUUGUAUAGAACAAAAUGAUGUGACCUCAGUGCUGAUGACACGAUAUCGAUAAAGACUAUAAUAAUAGACUAUGUAUGAUCUAAGAUGGGGGAUUUAAAAUUAAACAUCAGGAAAAUGUCUAAUAUUGGCUUAGUUCGCUAUACUUAUCUACAUAAUUAUAACACAACAAAUACGCUGAAAAAUAUUUUUAACAAUAUAAAUUAAUAUGACAUUCAUUACCUACCUACAUUGCAACUCGAGUCUUUAAAUUCAAAUUUACAAUGUUGCGAACUGAACCAGAGACAAAACAAAAUGAUCAAAACUAUUUGCAACUUGAUAUUUCAUAAUUAUUGUAUAGUACCUACAUAUACAUACUACACUCGCCAUGCCAAAGUCAUCAAGUCAAUUACUGACUAACUAUUUCGAGGCUGUACUACUUAUGGUAGCUAACUAAUAUUCUUAUGUAAAUCAGUAGUCUAGUUUAUAGCUAAAUAUUAGUCGGUGUUAUACAUUUGCUAUUUUCAACAAUUUCAUGUUUAUCAGUUAUUUCCAAUUUAAGAACUAUCAUCUUCGAAAUGAAGGCAUUCAUUAUUAUGGUAUCAUAUCAUAUUUAUUGACGCACAAAACAUUUCGUUUUUAAUACGUAAUAUUUUUAAAUUAGAAUAGAAUUUUACUUGCCGAAUUAACUUAUUUUUAAAAUAAUUUCAACUUUUACUCGGACGUAAAGGUUCGAAUCUCACAGAGGUUUUAUGUGAAACGUUGUUUUGGUUUGUAGUAUAAGAAUAGCAUAAUUUUAUUUCAUUCCAUACUUCAUACCUACCUGCUUCCCACAAGCAUUUACCCUGUAUGUUCAUGUGCAUGUUCUAGAAUUUGGUUACGUCAAAAAUAUGGCGGAAAAGUUAUAAGCAGUCUGUGUUGUUAUGCUUCUUUAUAAAAGUAGAAAAUUUUCACCAUUUUUCUGAAUUGAUUAACAAUAGUUUUGUAAUUUAUUUAUAUUCGUAUUAAUUUAAAAAAUGUUUGAAGAUUUCGCAAUUCUUAUCAUUGCAACUAAUUUAAUAGUUGUGUCAACGUAUACAACUAACUACAAUGACGUAAUUGCGAAAAAUUCCAGGUCGAUCCGUACAACAAAAAGCUCUACUUACUAUCUUAUUAUAUUAACAACUUUAUUCUUAUCAAAGGCAAACAAAACGUGAGUAUCGGCCAACGACCUAUUUGUACACAUUUAGAGCUGUUUCAAUAUUUACACGAUAUUUCAGUCUCGUUAACUGUUAACGGACAAUAACAUGGUGUAAAUUACUAUCAACGUGCUUGUGAUUUUUAAAAGUAGAACAAACAUAUUUUCCUGGAUCUUAAGAUCUUUUCAUAUUCUUUAGUCUAUUUAAAGCGUAUUAUAAGCAACGGAUCUCUUUACUAAACUGCCUUAUUCGUAAAACUUCCUCGACUUAACACAUCGAAUUUGAACAUUUUGGUGGCCUAUUUGAUGUUUCGGUGUUAAAAUUCUAAAACUAUUUAGCUGCUAAUAUGACUUCUAUUCUAUUCAAUUACAAAAUUAGGUCUCAAAAAAUGCCUGUAUUGUAUCUAUUACUAGUAAUUGUUUUCUUUUCUCCUAAAUAAAAUAAACAUCGUAUUUCUCUCGCCUAGAUUAACUUUUGUAGUUCAUAGAUGUUUCGUUAAAGCAUCAAAGAAAUAAUUUUGAAGCAUAGGUAAAGCCAACAUUUUUUAGGGUGCAACUUCGAUUUUAUAUUACAGUAAUUAUUUUUUCUCGCAGAAAUAUUGGAAUACCGGGUCUUUGCGUUCACUUAUGUCUAUCUUCAUAUUUUGGCGUAUCUAAUAGUAAAAUCUUCUGAAGCUCGUGUAGUUUUAAUAUAAUUCUAUUACUUGUACUUACACAUUUUUCAGUUUUAUUCAAUAUGUAAAAUUCAUAAGUCCCAUUUCGAACAAUGCUCUGAACACUAUCUACGAAAAAUGUGAUCUAAUACUAAUCCAACCAUUUUCAGAACUACUCUCAUAUUGUCUCUUAACAUGUCAAUUAUUCCAGUAGCAUACGUAUUCUUGUCUGUACAACGUCAUAUUCAACGUAAUCAUAACUUACAUAUUGUUCAUUCAUUAAAAUCGUUAUGCUUUAAUUUUAUGUGCCCUGUAAAGAAAUUCCCAACGGUGAUAAUGGCUGCUGAACUACUUAGCACAAUUUAUUAUUUUAAUUAACCUAUACUUUUUUAAAUACUAUGCGAUACAAGCAUUAAUUGCUCGAAAUGGUUAGCACACCAACCCUUGUGCUUUUAAAGGUUUGCCCAACACUAGACUAGUUUUUUUUUUUUAAUGAAACGCUGUGCUCGAUAAUGCAACAAAUAUAUUCCAUAUCCAAAACUGCUCGCUAUACAAUAUUUUUCUGUCUCUAUGGGCCAACCUUUAAUUUAUCAUUCAGAAAGUAAGUUUUAUGCAAAAUGGAAGAUGGAAAUGAACUUAUCGAACUCUGACGAUUAAUCCGAGAUUAAAUUGCAAUGAGAUUAAGAAGUAUCCACUUAGUACUGGGUGAUUAUGUAAGAACGUGUCCAAUCUUCCUUUUUGUGUUAUCAACAGCAAGCAAUGCAAUAAAGUAUCUACUGUUUAUAUAAAUAUAAAGCCUUGUAAAGCGACCUAGUCUAAGACUAUGUAUCUACUAUUCUUAUCCCUCUAUGACCUAUGUACAAGUGAUAAGGUCUAAAGUAUUCCUUAAUAAUUUCCUUUAGAUCUCUGAUUGAUAUCGUAACAUUGUGAUCGUAAACGUAGAUAUAGCUUCGUUUAUUAAGCUGUAAAUAUACAUGUUUAAUGCAGUAUUGAUUUACGUACCUUUUAUAUAGAAGAAUUAAUUUAAUAUUCCAAUGUUACGUAGAUUGUAAACUUAAUCGAAAACCAGACUAUAGUAACUGUCAAUUGUGCUUAUAUGACGAACUUUUUAAAUAAGAUACCCAAACUUUUCUAAAGCACGUGUUUUGCUGUUUUAUCUUAUUCGUAAACUAUUUCAAUGUAUUCUUGUAACUGCUAUAAGAACAAAAAAAUAAAUGGAACUAGUGAUGUGCUAAAUCGAUUAUUUAAUAUUAUGCUCGGACAUAAUUGUUACUUAACGAAUUAGCUCAACACUAUGCUUUACCUGUUUAUAUAAAAGACAGCAUGGACAGACAAUUGAAUAUUGAAUUUGGGCAAACAUACUUUCUUAAUUCGAUAAUUCAAAUUAAUGUAGGUACCAUGAAAUCCUAGACCCAAGGUAGUGCAAACAUUCACGACUCAAAUAAAUGACAGUGGUCCCAUAUUAUAAACAUAAUUUAUACAGUUAGUACAUAAAAAAUGCAUUAUAUACUGAGAAUGUACACAGAAAUGUAUAAGUCACGUAAUAAUAUUGUAAUGGUGCAAUUUGAAACCGUAAGAUCAACAUAGUUAUUGGGAAAAUAGAAUUAAUGAAUUUGUAUCGUUUUGUAUCUAGUUUGCUGUUUAGCAAACGAAGAUAAAAAUAAAAUGUAAAAAACGAA